AUGUCUUCCAAGUCGCAAUUGACCUACAGCGCACGCGCUAGCAAGCAUCCCAAUGCCCUCGUAAAGAAGCUCUUCGAGGUUGCCGAGGCCAAGAAAACCAAUGUCACCGUUUCGGCCGACGUGACCACCACCAAAGAGCUGCUGGAUUUGGCUGACCGACUCGGCCCGUACAUUGCCGUGAUCAAGACUCACAUCGAUAUCCUUUCGGACUUCAGCGAAGAAACCAUCACCGGUCUGAAGGCCCUUGCGGAGAAGCACAAUUUCCUCAUCUUCGAAGAUCGCAAGUUCAUCGACAUCGGUAACACAGUCCAGAAGCAGUACCAUGGUGGCACUCUGCGCAUCUCCGAGUGGGCCCACAUCAUCAACUGCAGUAUUCUGCCUGGUGAGGGUAUCGUCGAGGCUCUGGCCCAGACUGCAUCGGCCGAGGACUUCCCCUACGGCUCCGAGAGGGGCCUUUUGAUCCUUGCGGAGAUGACGUCCAAGGGAUCUUUGGCUACCGGCCAAUAUACUACUUCUUCGGUUGACUAUGCUCGGAAGUAUAAGAAGUUUGUGAUGGGAUUCGUCUCGACUCGUCACCUGGGCGAGGUUCAGUCUGAAGUUAGCUCGCCUUCGGAGGAUGAGGACUUCGUCGUCUUCACGACAGGUGUCAACCUCUCCUCGAAGGGAGACAAGCUGGGACAGCAGUAUCAGACUCCUGAGUCGGCUGUUGGACGCGGUGCCGACUUUAUCAUUGCUGGCCGAGGAAUUUAUGCUGCUGCUGAUCCCGUGGAGGCGGCGCAGCGGUACCAGAAGGAGGGAUGGGCUGCAUACCUGAAGCGUGUUGGUGCGCAAUAA